UCCGCAGCUUCCUCCCCACCACUGGCCGAAGCGCCCGUCCGCUAAAGGCGGAGGUCGCCUUCGCGAGCUCCGAUUGGCCUCGGCGCGCCUCCAUCACGGCAUUUACGCCCGCCCCCAACUUGCAAUUGGGCUAGCGCGCCGUCCGUCUCCGCGCGGCCGGGCAGAGAGCAGCCAAUCAGCACCGGCUUUCCUCCUGUCUGCCGCUCUCGGGCGGCGGUCGCUAGGCCGGUUGCUAGGUCCCGCCUACCGCGGCCGCCAGGCUUUCAGGUAAAACUCACCGGAUAGCCACAAUGGAACGGUUUGGAGUGAAGUCCACUCCGUCACGUAGCCGCUCGAAGACUGCUUUGUAUGUAACUCCUCAGGAUCGGGUAACUGAGUUUGGCAGCGAGCUGCAUGAAGAUGGUGGAAAACUCUUCUGCACUUCCUGCAACGUGGUUCUGAAUCACGUUCGCAAAUCGGCAAUCAAUGACCACCUCAAGUCAAAAACACAUACAAAGCGGAAGGCGGAGUUUGAAGAGCAGAACGUCAGGAAGAAGCAGAGGACACUGACUGCCUCCCUUCAGUGCAACAGCACUGCUCAAACAGAGAAAACCAGUGUCAUCCAGGACUUUGUGAAAAUGUGCCUGGAAGCUAAUAUUCCGCUUGAGAAGGCUGAUCAUCCUUCUGUGCGAGCCUUCCUGUCUCGCUACGUCAAGAAUGGAAGUUCGAUACCUAAGUCGGAGCAGCUAAGGAAAGCAUACCUGCCUGAUGGGUAUGACAACGAGAACCAGCUCAUCAAUACUGAAGAUCGUUGAGAAGAAAACUUUGAAUCGUCGUCGUGAAGUUUUACAUAUUGAUGGUGUGGUUUAUUUUUAUAUUCAUGCAUAUAUACAGUGUUACAUAUUGGUUUUACAAGCUAUUUUGUAUUGUAGAAAUGACAAUCUAUUUGUGAACUAAGUGGUAUGCCAGAGACUGUCGCUAACCCUGCUGUAGACUUCAAGAGCUGCUAUGAUGUAGGACUCACACUGAGCACAGGGAACAUGCCUGGCAUACAUCCUAUCUAUGUUCAGUCCAACUGUAACUGACGCUAUGAAAAAGGCACUUGGGUGGAGAACCUCCCUUACCUAAACUGUGCAUCUGCAUACACGAAGAAGAGGAUUAAGUAGGAAUUGUUCAUCAUGUCAGUGGAUUGCUUUGUCCAGAAUCUAGUCUGUGAGCAACUAAGAAGUACUGCGUAUUAAAAAUGCAAGAGGCUGUAGAAUGGUUAUUUAACAUAAGUGAUCUGCUUGGGAGGAUGACUGCAAUUUCCUAAUCAAGUUGUCUUAUGUUUUAAAAGAGGAAACACUUCUUCCAGAAUACUCUAAUCCUAUUUGAUGCAACUGUGGAUGCACUCAUUACCUAGCCUAAAUAGGUGGCCUUUUGUAACAACCCUUGAACUCCACUCUUCUUAUAAAGCCAAAAGUUCUGAAGGUUUACCAUGCCUGUUUUUUUAAAUCACCAUAUCCUUUUCUUGGUUUAAUAUGUUCCCUCCAGUUUCAGUGCCAAACUUUGAAAGCUGAGUGGACAAACUAGUAACUAUGUGUGGUUUACAGCACAGCUGCUAGCAAAUGAAUCUUACACUGGACCAAGGUCAUAGUAGUAUGGGGAAUGAAUGCCUGUUUCUUAUUUCUUAUAGCAAGAUAAAAGAUGCUGAAUUUGAACUGGAGGUGGAGGAGGCACAAAAUAGUGGAGUUGAGCCAGCUUUUCACAGCGUGCAGGGGCGGAGGGUCCUCUGUCUCUCGCUGAAGGUCCUUUACUUCUUGCCUCAGCCUUUUGGUCAAAGGAGGUAAAAUGAUUAAAAUAAUUUUCAAAACAGGUACUGCAAAGGCUAUUCAAGAAUUUGUAAGAACAACUAGGAAAGCCUGUAUACUUUAAAGCUGUAAUGGUUCUACACUUCUGGGGUAUAUUUCUUAUUCUGUGCCAAGAUGCCAUCUAUUGAACUGACAAAAAGUAAAGUAAAUUAAAGAAGUUCAAUAAUGUUGCUCUCUCCCAAAUCUAGUGAACUGUUACUAAGCUAAUCCAAAUUAUUAUGCCAAAAAGUUAACUUGAUGCAAGUGCUUGCUCUAUAAUGUUUUUAAUGGAAUGGUGGAGCAUUGUAAAAAGAGCUUGAUUUUCUUUAGGUGUUCUGAAUUUAAGGAGGUGUCAAACAUUUUCCACGUUGCAUAGAAAAGCUCCACUCAGUGGAUAUAGUGAUGCAAGCAUGCUUUAACUUUCUCAAGUGGAGCCAGUUUUCUGCUCAUCUUCCUUUCCCUGUACAGUUUCAUGAUAUCACGUUAUUUCUUUUGAUCGGGAUAUUUGCAGCAAUACUAUGUAUUUGCUAAAAGAGACAAAGUAACCGACUUAUUUUAUUUCUGUAGCUAUUUCUAGAGGAGAGUCUCUUUUGCUGGAUUAGCAACUGCUUUUUUUGUGCAAUUCCUGCAGAAAUGCAGUUAGUGUUACGUCAGUGUCUUGUAGCCUUCUGCUAUGGGAAGUGCUUGAAUAAAUGCACAAAAGCGAAAAGCAGAAGGCACGUGCCAGUACGUAGGUACCCAGUUCACUGCUGCACUGCUGGUCCCUGUUGAUGCUAGUGGGAUUUCAUGCAGUUGUAGCACUCCUGUCAGUGAUUUUAGUUGCUGGUGUAGGACUUCAGACAAAUAACAUAAUAAUGGUUUUGGUUUUGUUUGCCUCUAAUACUGUAUAUCAAAAUUUGCCUUCCCAAAUAUCAUUUGCUAUUGCAUUUGCUUAAGCUCAUAAACUGUCUUGGGCUAGAGCUGUUUUAUAAAUCUUCUAAAGCCAAGUAAAAGGUAUACUGCCAAGAGCCUUUUCUGUCCUGACAAUAACAGAAUGUGGGUUUUUUUGUUUGUUACGUUUUGGGGAGUUUUCGUUUGUUUGUUUUACAGCUGCUGUCUUAUUGCAGUGAAAUGAAAAAACCUUGAAAACCUUGAAAAUAAAAGUUAGUGAUAGCUACAGCUUUUGUUUAAAAGCAAUCACUCAUUCAUUAAAGCAAAGCAAUAUUAUAUCACCCAGUUUAUCAAAAGUUUACUUUCUACUUAAGAAGCAGUCUAUAAAUUUAGGUUCAUACACAGAAUUAAUACAAUUCUGUAACUAUCUUAAGUAUCUAGUAUCAAUUUAUUUUUAAUGCAGAAUUACUGCAGAAGGUAUGAGCCUGGUGAGGAUCCCUUUCAGUGUAUCCAUACUGUAACCAACUUACACCAAGCUGGAAGUAAAAGGUGACCAUCAAGAUUUUGAAAGGAACUGACUGAAUUCUAAUGCACAGCAAUUUGUAAGACAAUAAUGUCUUUAUGAUGGGAUUCUUAUAUUUAAAAAAAAUAUAUAGUUUUUUGAAACUUGAUGAAAAUCAACACACUGUAGCAUUGCAACAGAUAUUUAUAAUGAGAUAAAACAAUGGAAAAACAAAGCACUUCCAGCACUACUUCCAAGUAGCCUAGAAAGAAUAAUAAGUUUUACUCAUGGACAUAGCCCAAAUCACAAAUGAGACAUUUACAGUUGUUUUGUUUUAAAGUAAAAAUGGUUCCACUAAGUCUUGGAACCGAGUCCUGCAAGCAGUCCAGUUUGUGCCAUAAUUUUGCUGUUGUGGCUAUAGUUGGACAAAACAUAACCUUGUUUUAAUUACUAUUGAUUCUAAGGAAGAUUUACGGCAGAGGUUUUUUGGUAUUUCUAAAACUAAGUAAUAACAAGUUCCUGGAACAGAGGCUGUGGUUGCGUUGUUUAGCAGUCUCCAUGGGGUUUUGCUUUUUUUUUUUUUUCUGCAGGAACACUGCAUUUUUUUAGUAAUAUAUUUGAAAUUACAUGUAAUUUAAAAAAGAAUGUACGCUGACCAUGUACGUACAUUAGCUUAGCCAAUUCGCAGCUAAAAUGACUCUGAAAUGCAUUUCUUAGAACACUUUCAAAUACUAGACAAAAGGAAUACUCUCCAUUCUGUGAAUUACGUAAAUACACCAUGUUAGUUUCAGCUUGCAUGUUCUUGAAAAACGUGAGUUCUAGUAUUUUUAAGCAUUUUCAAGCCUUUAAUUUGGCAGGUCCUUACAGGAAGUGAAACAUAGGAUAUAAUGAAAGGGAAAGUGGUUUUUCAACUGAGAGGGAAACUUGGUUCUGCAAAGUAUGGGAUAUUCUCACGAUAGAAGGACAUUUUUAGUUAGAGCCCCGUUUAUCAAUUCUGUUGAACUGAACGGUGACGUGCUCCCCACUAAGUUCUGCUGCAUCACGAACUGGUUUUGGGGAGGAGAAAAAAGAAAAAGCUGGAAGUUUGGCAAGGAUUAUCUCUAUUUGUAUUUACAUAUGAAGAGAGGCAAGACUUACCACUGUUGUGUUCACAUUGUACUCACUGCUAACUUCUUGUGUAAUUUGAGUGCUUGUUGUCUUUGUACAAUUUUAAGAUUGUAUCUAACUUUCAAAAUAAAUUUUUUUUUGAACAGA